AUGUUGGGCUCGCAACACGACGAUGACACAAGGGACGCUCCGAGCCCAGAUGCUCCUGCGACAGCCACAAGCUUCAGGCGUCUCUUGCCAGCCGGCGCUGGUCCUCGCGUGAUCUCAACGGAACCUCCAUUUCGACGGCAGAGACAGACUGUACCAGCAGCUUGCCUUGAGUGCCGCAGAAGAAAAGUAAAGUGUUCCGCGACCCGACCGAUCUGUUCGCGAUGUUCCACGCAAAACGUCGAAUGCGAGUGGGAUACCCCGAUUGAGACAACCAGAAGACAGGCGAUUGUCAACCGACUGGAAGAACUUGAAAAAGAGAACAAUGAUCUCCACGAGCUGAUAAGGGACCUUUAUUCACGGCCCGAAGCCGAGGCAACCGAAAUAUUCAAUCGACUACGAUCGACAGGCGACCCGUUCCACGUCCUGGACCUCGUUCGUGUGGGGGAUCUUCUCCUGGGCAAGCAACCUAUCGAACAGGAAAAUCUCGGUGACAGAAGGAGUAAAUCGAGCCCGUCAUCUUCGAAACCGAAUUCCGUGCGAGAUAAAGCCGACAUGAAUCCUUUGGAUCCGGAAGAUUGA